CUCGGUGCAUGUUCACGCCAGUUGUUUUUCUCUGUGUCUCAAUGUUCCAGGUACCCUUGGAGGUGCUGAGAUCCUAGGGAUUCCUGGAGCCUGGCUGCAUGGCCUGGCCACCCUGAUGCCACUGUGUUCUCCAUGACAGGACAGCAAGGCUGAGGAGAAUGGCUCCGACAGUUUCAUGCACUCCAUGGACCCACAGCUGGAGCAGCAAAUGGAAACCACCCAGAACCUUGUGGACUCCUACAUAGCCGUUGUCAACAAGACCGUGUGGGACCUCAUGACCAAGGAGUUCAUCUUCUCAGAGCUGCUGUCCAACCUGUACUCACGUGGGGACCAGAAAACGCUGAUGGAAGAGUCGGCAGAGAAGGCACAGUGGCGCGACGAGAUGCUGCGCAUGUACCACGUGCUGAAGGAGGCACUCGGCAUCAUCGGUGACAUCAACACGACCACCAUCAGCACGCACAUGGGGGCCCGUGGACAACUCCUGCCUGCAGGUGCAGAGCGUCCUUGCCGGAUGCAGGUACCAAGGCUGGCUCCCACGGCCCCAAAGCCCCCCAGCCCCCAUGGCUGAGCCUGGGGACUCUUGGAACAGGCUCCGUGCCCAAGCUGGUAGACAUGGGUGCUCCCUGGAGCCGUCACAGAGCUCAUGGUUUAUGGUGUAAGGGCUGAGAGCUUAGAGGGGGUUGUGUGUGGGGCUGUACUCUGAGGCGGCCAGAGUCCUAGGAUAGUCCUCCUGGGCACACCGCACCUGUUGGGCGGUCUGAGUCAUGCUGCCAGGGCAGGGCAUCCAGCUUCCAGCCUGGGAGUGCUGAGAGCCAAAUCCACUGCAGAGGAGGGGUGAUAGUCAGAGUCCCACCUCCUCUAUCUGUUGGCAAUGCAGUGGUGAGAUAGGAUAAAACCUUGAGAGUCCCAUACACACGGUCAACCCACAACACACCUCAUAGGCCAGGCAGGAAACACAGGCCCCUUCCCUCCCUCCCAGGUACCAUCAUAGCUGCUAGCGUGUGACUGAAGGCAGGGUCCCUGGCCCCCGCUGAAGCACUAUUGCCGGCCAGCAGGCUCACGCACCUUGGAGUGUUGCUCCUAGAGGUCACCUCUGCUAUUCAGCCAAGGGGACCACAGUGCCUGCUGGCCCAGCUGACCUCUGCCCCACAAGCCCACCCACCUCCCCUGCCAUGGACUCUCCCUCUUCUGCUUUUCCCAGCAGGAAGGGCCCAGCGUCACCUAUCCGACCUGCAACCCCCAACAAGCUGAGGCUCCUGUCUUAGACUUAUAAGUCUAUAGCCAGUGGCAUCCAGCUGCAUGCCCUCUUUUCCUCCCCCAGGGACCCUUCAAGGGUUCCUGGGCUUUCUGACCCCCCAGAGGGGGCUCCGGCGAUCACUCCACCCAUCCAUCCCUUUUAGCUUCAUCAUCCUGGUUCAAGCAGUGUUCCUUCUCUAUCAGGCCUGGUGGCUGUGGUGUUGGGCUCCCCAAGGCGAGAGGUGGCCCUGGACAAGUGAGUUGGAAGACAGGGUGACCAGAGAAGAGGGAAGCCCAGUGGGGCUGAGCAUCAGUCUGAACAGUGGGUGCACUGGGUGCCGUGGAAGAGGCCAGCACGUGUGGGGUGGGGAGGGCUGCCACAGCCCCCAGGCACUACCUGUGAAACUCCGGCUCCUCCCUCUGUCUUCCUCCCCUUUCCCUUCCAGCCCCACUUUUCCAGGAACCUUGCCACACCGGCACAUGCGCCCUUUACUCCUUGGCCCUCGCACAGCUGCUGUGGCACACCUGUGCUCUGCACUUGCCUCACCAGCUCUCUGCUCGCUUUUCUUUCUUUUUUUUUUUUUAUUAUUAUUAUACUUUAAGUUUUAGGGUACAUGUGCACAAUGUGCAGGUUAGUUACAUAGGUAUACAUGUGCCAUGCUGGUGCGCUGCACCCACUAAAUCGUCAUCUAGCAUUGGGUAUAUCUCCCAAUGCUAUCCCUCCCCCCUCCCCCCACCCCACAACAGUCCCCAGAGUGUGAUGUUCCCCUUCCUGUGUCCAUGUGUUCUCAUUGUUCAAUUCCCACCUAUGAGUGAGAAUAUGCGGUGUUUGGUUUUUUGUUCUUGUGAUAGUUUACUGAGAAUGAUGAUUUCCAGUUUCAUCCAUGUCCCUACAAAGGACAUGAACUCAUCAUUUUCUAUGGCUGCAUAGUAUUCCAUGGUGUAUAUGUGCCACAUUUUCUUAAUCCAGUCUAUCAUUGUUGGACAUUUGGGUUGGUUCCAAGUCUUUGCUAUUGUGAAUAAUGCCGCAAUAAACAUACAUGUGCAUGUGUC